AUGUCUCGUGUAACUGACAGGGCCAUCAGCCUCGUCACUACUAAUGAAGACCUCAUCCGCUCUGUCGAGGGUAUGGAAUGCAUCGUUCUUGAGGCUGUGUACCAGAACUACGCUGGAAACCUUCAUCGUGCAUGGAUGGCAAUACAUCGGGCGACUACCAUUGCGCAGAUGAUGGCUCUGCAUCGCGGACUUGCCUCACCAUCCCUGAAAUUCCUUGAGCCCCAGACUAGAGCGGCAUUCAACCCCGCUCAAACUUAUUUUCUAUUGAUUCAAAGGGACCGCUCCCUGUCAAUCAUGCUAGGCUUGCCGCACACAUCACUCGAAGACCGCUUUUCUACUCCUGAAGCGUUAGAAGAGUACAGCCCAAAUGACCGCAUGCAACGCAUCCACUGUGCUGUCGCCAGUCGUAUUAUUGAGCGGAAUAACGGCGGGAUGUACAGCCUUAUCAAAGUCCAGGAGGACGACAUGCUAUUACGCAAAGCUGCAGAUGAUAUGGCACCUCAAUGGUGGCUGAUACCGAAUUUUAUCCCCUGCAAAAGUGAUAGUACCAAAGUCCUUCGAGAUACAGUUCGUAUCAUGGAUCAAUUAACGCACUAUCACAUGCUUAUACGGCUGCAUCUACCCUACAUCUUUUCCUCGUCUGGACAAAAGAAUAAUCAUAGCAAAAUUACCGCCAUCAAUGCCAGCCGCGAAAUACUGUCUCGCUAUAAUGCAUUCCGCACCUCAAAUCCUGCAUACUUCUACUGCCGCGGCAGUGAUUUCCUUGCGUUUAUUGCCAUGAACAUACUUUGUAUUUCUCACAUCAACUCCCGGAGUCAGUUCCGAGGACCUGAGAACUCGGAUGCGCACACUGGUUUUGAAUCCCUUGUCCACAGCCGCCCGAGUGACCGUGGCUCCAUGGAGUGUGCCCUAGGGAUUCUUGAAUCCAAGGCCCGCGAUGAACAUGAUUUGAUUUCCGGUAAACUCACUCGAAUAAUUCAUCAUCUUCUCACUAUUGAGGCAAAUGCCGCCCGGGGUGACAUGUACAACACGAGCUCAUCUAAGAGCGAUGACGGAGGGCUUGAGUGUGACGGCAGGUUGACCAACGACGGCAAGACACUACAAGUCCACAUCCCCUAUUUUGGCGCCAUCAAUUUUGAACGUGGUAUUGUCUCAAAGUCUGUGCCAAAAACAGAAGCUCAGCCUGAUCCCGACAUUUCGACCAUGUCUGUCUCCAAUAUGCUGAGCCCGGUCCAGCCGGUCGAACAUGACCAACACCCAUCUGGAUUCGACGUCAUGUCAACAAUGGGCCAUCCGGUUUCGAGGAUGAUGCCGGUGAAUCACUACCAGCUCCCUUCAUCAGAUGGAUCCAUUCAAAUGAACAGGACCGACGCAGAGUUGCCUGAUUCUAUGGAACUUCUACCCGAUGAAGAUGACCUACAGGUGUUUAUUUUGGUGCUGAAUACGAGCCUUCACGACGAUCCCAACAUUGGCACUUCUCAAAGUGCACGUCACUGUGUUUAA